ACCAUCUCGACCCGACCGAACCCACCAGCAUCCUGAACUUUUCCUCGUCGACAGACAGGCCUGACGCUCUUCUCCGGCUCGGCCCUUGUGCCGAUCGUGUUGACUAUUGUUUCAAAAUCUCCCGGCUGGCACUGGCGCCAAUGGCCCAGCAAGGUCCAGGCAACGUUACCUCUGAGCGCAGAUGCGACGGAGGCCAGGGAGGCGGCAUGGCCCAUGACAGCAUGGACGUGGACAGCCACGGCGGCAAGAAGCGCAAGGCGGAGGAUCUCUCAGAGGAGGCACGGCCGCCACGUCGAAUCAGAGCCUUGGAUCCGACGGUUGUCAACAAGAUCGCUGCCGGCGAGAUCAUUGUGGCCCCUGUCCACGCGCUCAAGGAGCUGAUCGAGAAUGCUGUUGACGCGGGGUCAACGGCCAUCGAAAUUGUCGUCAAGGACGGCGGCCUAAAGCAGCUGCAGAUCACAGACAAUGGCGGCGGAAUCCAGAGGGACGACUUGCCCAUCCUGUGUGAACGGCACACGACGUCCAAAAUCACAGCGUUCGAAGACCUCACUACGAUUGGCACUUAUGGCUUUCGAGGAGAGGCCCUGGCGAGCAUUAGCCAUAUUGCCCAUUUGAGCGUUACUACCAGACCCAAAGACUCUGAUGUUGGGUGGCGGGCGCACUAUCUUGACGGAAAACUUGCCGCUCCAAAGCCAGGUCAGCCUGCGGAGCCUAAGAUGGUGGCCAGUCGGCCAGGGACGCAGAUCACGGUGGAAGACCUGUUCUUCAACGUCCCAACGCGCCGCAGAGCUUUCCGCUCACACAGCGAGGAGUAUAACAAGAUCAUUGACAUGGUUGGCCGCUACGCCAUACACUGCGCGGGGGUCGGCUUUACUUGCAAGAAGGCGGGCGAAGCGUCCAACACGCUCUCCAUACAAGCCCAAGCAUCCCCCACUGACAGGAUACGCCAGAUUCAUGGCAGCAAUGUAGCGAAUGAGCUGGUUGAGUUUACGACGUCUGCGGAGCGCUGGGGCUACACUGCCCAUGGUAUUGUCACCAACGCAAACUACCACAUCAAGAAGACGACGCUGUUACUUUUCAUAAAUCACCGGGCUGUAGAAUCGGGCAACAUAAAGAAGGCGGUGGAACAGGUCUACGCGGGCUACCUGCCGAAAGGAGGACAUCCCUUCGUCUACCUGAGUCUGGAGAUCGAUCCCGGGCGGGUCGAUGUCAAUGUGCACCCAACAAAACGAGAGGUCCACUUCCUGAACGAGGAUGAGAUUAUUCAAGACGUGUGCAACAAGAUAGAGGAAGAACUCGCGGCGGUCGACACGAGCCGAACAUUCAAGACGCAGACGCUUUUGCCCGGCGCCAUGCAGUUUGAAGAUGCGCAUCCGGGCGAUGCACAACCAGCCACGCCGAAAUACACGAUUACUGGCAAGGCGAGGCGGAAUUCCAACGAGCUCGUCCGGACAGACACGUCGAUGCGGAAGAUCACCAGCAUGUUCUUGAGGGCGGACUCUGGAGAGUCCGGGAAGGCGAGAGCCCGUGCAGAGGAGCCGCUGGCCGUCCCUGAAAGUAUUGAGUAUGAAGAGAGCGAUCGCGAGCCAGUCCUCUGCCGCCUAAGGAGCGUCAAGGAGCUGCGCAGCGAAGUUCGUGACGACAUGCACGACGAUUUGACAGAAAUAUUUACAUCUCAUACCUUUGUCGGCAUAGUGGACGAGAGCCGACGGUUGGCUGCGAUACAGAGCGGCAUCAAGUUGUACCUUAUCGACUACGGGCACGCAUGCUUCGAGUAUUUCUACCAGCUUGGGCUCACAGACUUUGGCAACUUUGGCACCAUCCGGUUCAGUCCGCCACUGAGACUUGGGGACCUUCUGACAAUGGCGGCAGAGACGGAGAAGGAGCUGUUGGGAGUUUCAGACGAAGAUUUCGAUGUUGAAGCUAUUGUGAACAAGGUAGCGAACCAGCUUAUCGAGAGAAGGGAGAUGCUCCUGGAAUAUUUCUCCCUUGAAAUAUCUCCAGCCGGCGAUCUUGUCUCUAUUCCUCUGCUGGUCAAGGGGUACACGCCAUCUGUGGCCAAAUUGCCACAGUUUCUCCUGCGGCUCGGACCCAACGUCGACUGGGCAGACGAGAAAGCCUGCUUCGAGUCGUUUCUGAGGGCGCUGGCGACGUUUUACGUGCCUGAGCAGCUCCCCGCGGCGUCGAGCGGGGCGGCGCCCGCGCAAGAGGAGGAAGAUGUGCCGGCCGAGGUCCGGACGAGGCGGCAACAUGUCAGGUGGGCGGUGGAGAAUAUCUUGUUUCCGGCGUUCAAGGCGCGUCUGGUGGCGACAAAGUCGCUCAUGAGCGGAGGCGUCCUGGAGGUGGCCAGCCUGAAGGGGCUGUACAAGGUAUUUGAGCGGUGCUGACGAUGGAGGCUGGGAGAAGGUGAUGAGGAUAUCUAUGUGCUGUCUAGCUGUUUGCAGGUGCAUGAAGCCGAUCUAGCGCCGUGGUGAUGACAUGAAUACAGGGCGCCCUUGCUAAAGGGGAACGUCUUCUCCAAUAAGCC